GGUGUUGGGGUGGCGGGCGGCCACUGCAACACCGAAAGUCAGAGAGUAUCGGAGGUGUCGGUCUUGGAACGGCAGAUCAAGCGUGGCCUCCGUACGCUGUGGACCUGCACAACUACGCUCUGCAGAGAAAGGAACAACACUAGUGCUUCUUACAACAUUCACAAAACACCACUCACCAAACAUGAGGAGUCUCCCCCUAUUCAUUCUUCUAGCGUGUAUAGCGUGGCAAGCGUCAGCGCGGCCGCAAGAUGACUCAGAGCCCAGGGCAAUUCCAAAUCGGGGCCUUUUGAAACGAGGUUUGGUGGGAAAAGGCAAGCCUACAACGACUACCACCACAGCCGCCCCUGCAGAGGAGGAUGGUGAUUAUGAAGAAGAAGGAGAUUACCCCGCAGAGGCUGAAGCCCAAGAGCCCUCAACAGAAGCAGCUCCCUCCUCGACUGAAGGCAAAAAGCUAGUCGCCGGAGGAGUGCGACCUUUCCGCAGCAACACCGAUCUCUUGGAAGCACUUAAAAGGCGGCGAGCUCAAGUUGCUGAAGCUAAAUUAGGACAAUCAUCUGUACCUGCCGCGUCACAGUCGCAAUCUGUUGAUGUUCAAACAGAGGCGCCUUCAAAGGCUAACUUCAGUAAAAAACGUUUUAAUACAGCUACUCGUGAAACCAAAUCUGAAGACGCUCCCGGGCAAUCGAAACCGAGCAGAAGUCGUUUCAACAGACCGUCAUCAAGGUCCGUGCAAGAAGCAGACCCAAUUGAUGAACAAAACGACGCCGCCCCCACGGUCAGGACCGGCAGGCAAUUCAGACGUGGUGGAAACUAGUUCCUUGCUCCUUACUUCUCAUUUGUUCCUAUCCUUUCUCGUCCUUUCCUUUAUCCCAAUAAGGUUAUAAUUGUAUAAAAUAUGCCUCUUUCCUAUUCGUGACUGUAAAAGAACUUUAUACCUCUCCUUAAAACUAUUUCUACUUUACCUGUAUCCACAUCACUGCCAUCAGAAUACUCUGGUCUGAACUUAGUAAGUUCCAAUGAAUUAGAGAUUUUAUAUACUUACCUACUAUAUUGUAAAUUAUAUUUCUAAGUGUUUUUAAAUAAAUAAUUUAAAAUA